CACGUAAACGCCCCUCAUCGUAACAGUGAGGCGACAGUAUUUUGACUGACUGGUUUUACGCCGACUCGCUCACAGCUAGGUUGGCCCGUCUGAAGGACAUUUCUUUUCCUCUUGUAACGAGAUAAUUGACCACAGACCAUGAACAAUUUAUUCCGAUCCGCUGCUCGGUGUCUUCGCUCGGGUUCGGCUGUCUGUGUGCCCAGACAAACCGACGGCCGCUCGCAGUGGGCCUCAGUCCGGCUCCUGUGCUCGGCGGCGGAUCUCCAGAAAAACCUCGGUGAGAUGGUGAAGAAGGACAAAGUGGUGGUGUUUAUGAAAGGGACGCCGGCGCAGCCCAUGUGCGGCUUCAGUAACGCUGUGGUUCAGAUACUCCGGAUGCACGGCGUGGACAACUACGCUGCGUACAACGUGUUGGAGGACCAGGACCUCAGACAAGGAGUCAAAGACUUCUCCAACUGGCCCACGAUCCCUCAGGUGUACUUCAAUGGCGAGUUUGUGGGAGGCUGUGACAUCCUUCUGCAGAUGCACCAGAACGGAGACCUGGUGGAGGAGCUGAAGAAGCUGGGCAUCCGCUCUGCAGUGCUGGACGCAGAGAAAGAAUCCAAGUAAUAGACAGGUAUAAGCGUGAAGCGGCUGAGUGAUCCAAAGGCGCAUUUAUCAGGUUGAACCCCCACCCCCCACUGCCGCCACCACCACCACCUUCUACCACACAAACACACACACUCAGUCCCCGAACUAAAGACUUGGGUCUUGUAUAUUCGGUAUUACAGCUUUGCUUUUUCCAACACAGCUGAGGGCAAAAUGGCACCAUGAGAGCGAACCCCCAAAAAAGUAAAAGCUGUGGGCCAAAUGAAAGCUCCAUAGAGCUGAACGAUAACAUCGUUACAAUAAGUCUUUCCAUCCUGUUGUAAUAAAAAGCUUUGAUACUUCUGCACCGCCAAGAAGAACUGUGACAUCAUCCCCUCACUCCCACCUCAAACUGCCAGCUGACUGUGACAGAGCCAGGAGUGAUCGCUGUGUUUAAGCUGCCACCUGAGCGCUCCCUGCCCUCUCACCUGGUUACAUCAGUCCUCUGCGAUCUUCCCCUCUCCGCUGUCCUCCACGCUCAGUUUAAGACCAGAUGAGCUUUAGACUUACCUAACUGUGCCACGCCUAAGUUAAGGUCAUUAUUCAUGCUGCCUGGGCCUCAUCGGCUAAUGAUGUCAUCACGCUCUUAAAUGCACUGCCUGUAGUUUCAGGAAACUAGAAACAAGAACAAAGAGGGGACAACAAUGUGGCUUCGUGCUGGUAUGAAGAUCUUCUUUUUAAUGAAGCCACUGAUAAUUUAGCUGUUUUUUUUUUUUGUUUUUAGUGGACGUAGCUGCAGAAUCGAUCACUGGACAGUCUCCUGUUUGUUCUUCCUGCCAGGCACCGCGUGAAAACUGUCUCCUCUCUGGUCAAUGUCAGGAUCCGCUGAAACGUAACAUACCUGGAUACCUUAUGUCCUUUUUUUCUUUUUUGAACCACCCUGAAGAUGACAGAUUACUGCACACGUGUACCAGCCGAAGCAGUUAAUGUUACAUCUGUCUGUAUUUCACUCUAAAGGUGAAGAGUGUUGUUUUAGUUGUUGCUGUUUUUCUUUUGUUUUUGUUUUUUUCAGAGCACCUCACAUUUAUCAGUCCUACAUGAUCCUCCUGCUGCAGACAGUUGUAUUAUCAAAGCAACACGUAGUACACUGUAAGAUAUUGUACAGCUUAUUAUUAGAUGUACUUCUGACGCAUGUAAUCAAUUCUGCACCGAUUAAAUAUUUUGUGACACGAA